AUGUACUUCGAUGGUUCUGUCGUAGGGGGCCUGAAGAAAAAAGUAAGUUAUUCACUACUUGACUUGCAUGGGUUUGAACUUUGAAAAUAUAGCUGGAGUUUUAAAAGUAAGGAAAGCAAAAGUUCUACAUUAAUUCUUCUCCUAGAUAUCUGAUUUUUCAGAGGCUCUCUAUUCAAAAAAAAAAUCAAAAUGAAGAGAUCUAGCGUAACGUGAGAAACGAGUAAAACAGGUCAAAACGACGACUCGAGGCCGAAAAGAUCAUUCUUCGUCCGACUCGCUCCGCCGACUGCUCGCUGAUCAGUUCAAGGUAAGUCCAAUUGUUCUGUGGGCCUCUCUGGGCAUGAGAAUGUGCCGCACAGGAAUUAAAUGAGAUAAAAUAAACCCAAAUGACUUUUUCUGCGCCUAUCUAGUUAUGAACGGAACUUGAUUGAAAAAUCCAGUGAAAUAAAAGUGAGGUCUUUAACAAAUCAAAAAUUUUUUUCUUGAACGUUCACUCCGUUUUCUCCAUCUAGUUUUUUUCUCUCUCAGAUGGUCCCGCUAGUUUGGAUGGUUCCUCUCUUCGUGCUCGUCGCUGCUCCUUUAUGCGGCGGCAAAAAGAACAAAGACGGUUUGACGGACUCCAUGAAGACACAGGCGCCGCCAGAUGGAUCUUCUUCGACGCCGGCUGGUGCAGCUGCGGCUGGUGCUCCUGCUGCAGAGGGUGCUGGUGCUCCAGCUAAUGCCUGA